AUGACAAUUUCUGAUGAGGACAAGAGCAAGUUCUACGAGGACCUUAGUUUAGUACCAAAAAGUGACAAAAUCAUUCUGCUUAGCGAUUUUAAUUCCCGCGUCAGUGCGGAGUAUGGUUCUUGGAGAAAUGUUCUCGGCCGUCAUGGAGUGGGCGGUUGCAACUCCAAUGGACUUCUCCUGCUAAGUCAAUCUCAGCAUAACUAA